AGCAGUAGCCAUUUCAUGCUGCACCUUGUCCUAACCACGCUGUCAUAACAAGCUGAAACGCGCCCGAUAUAGUCUACACUGUACAUAGGUAGAGUGCACAAUCUAAAAAGCCCAAUGCGAUAUUCCUGUGCGUGUUAUAACUUUGAGCUUUAUGGGCCUUGCACAGCUGGUGAGCAAUCAGCCCUUGGUUACUCACCAGCUCCCAAUCAGCCCCAAUUAGUCCUGACCGGAGAGACCGUCGAGACCUGGCACGUCCAGCAGAUGGAGCCAUCGCCUCGUGAUGUACAACUCCGUCUGUCCCCGGGUGGCUGACCUGCUGUACGCCACACCUGAUUCUGGGGUCCAUUCUUCGUCGCUGUCAGUGUCCUAAAGGGGUCAUUGUCCUCGCUAUCAGAGAAGAGGAGACAUAAGAUCUGAGACCCUAAGAUGAGCAGACCCCAGGAUGAGUUGGCAGAGGAGGGGGAGGAGGUGUUCAGGAACCUUACAGAGGUAAAGAAGAGCCAGAUAGUGAUGCCCUGCCAUGCCAACCACCGGCAGGAGCUCAGUGUGGGUCAGCUGCUCAAAUGGAUGGACUCUACAGCCUGUCUUUCAGCUGAAAGGCAUGCUGGGUGUCCUUGUGUCACCGCCUCGGUCGAUGACAUCCACUUUGAACACACUAUUGGGGUUGGACAGGUGGUCAACAUCAAGGCCAAAGUCAACCGAUCUUUCAACACCAGCAUGGAGGUUGGCAUCGUGGUGAACUGUGAGGACCUGUUCAGCGAUAGCCACUGGAGGGUGUGUCAGGCAUUUGCCACGUUUGUCACCCAGCGCACUACUGGAGGAAAGGUACAGCUGCGUCCGUUGGUCCCCAGUACUCAGGCGGAGCAGGUGGAGCACAGCCUAGCAGCUGAGAGGAGGAGGAUGAGGCUGGUCCACGCUGACAUCAUGAAGGACCUGCUCACCAACAGGGCCUUUCAACAAGUGGACGUCCAGGAGACUGAGAAGGCAGUGCCAGCAGAGAGGACGCAGGUAGAGAGUGUAGAGUUGGUUCUCCCUCCUCAUGCCAACCACCAGGUCAACACGUUCGGAGGACAGAUCAUGGCCUGGAUGGAGAACGUGGCUACUAUCGCUGCUAGUCGUCUGUGUAACGCCCACCCCACCCUGCGGAGCAUUGACAUGUUCCAUUUCAGAGGUCCCUCACAAGUGGGCGACCGGCUGGUCCUCAAAGCCAUCGUAAACAACGCAUUCAAGAACAGCAUGGAGGUGGGCGUGUGUGCAGAGGCCUAUCAGGGGGAGGAGCCUCUGAGGCACAUCAACAGCGCCUUCAUGAUCUUUGAGGUCUGCGACAGGGAUGGCAAGCCCUGCACGUUGCCAAAAAUACAACCUGAACCCCUGGAGGGAAGGAGACGGUAUCAGGAGGCCAUCGCUAGAAAGAAAAUACGACUUGACAGGAAGUACAUAAUAUCCUGCAAGCAGACCGAGGUGCCCUUGUCUGUACCGUGGGACCUCAGCAACCAGGUGUACCUGAGCUACAACAACGUGUCUGCUUUGAAGAUGCUGGCUACCAGAAACAACUGGGUGUUAAACUCUGAGAAAAACAAGGUGAGCCUGUACACCCUGGAGCAGAAGCAGGUGUUGAGUUUUAAGAUUGAGUUUGAGGCAGACGUCUCGGCUGAGAGGGCCUUCAUGGUGCUCUCUGACCUCGGCAAGAGAGUGGAGUGGGAUCCAAACUAUGAGAGGUGUGAGCUGAUUCGUAGGGUGGACGAUGAUGACUUUCUGUACCGCGUGGUGACUCCCUCCAUAUGCCGGGGUGGGGUCAGUUGCAGCUCUUCAGCCAAUCAGGGAGGGAUGGUCCAGGACUUCAUUCUUCUGGCCUCCAGGAGACCACCGUGUGACAGCGGGGACCCUUAUGUUAUUGCUCUGCGUUCGGUCACUCUACCCACACACCCUCCUACAGAGGGCUACAACAGAGGGGAGGUGCUGUGUGCUGGCUUCAGCAUCAUGGAGGUCUCCAACACUGUAUCCAAGAUCUCCUACUUCAACCAGGCGUCUCCCGAGGUCCUGCCCUACAUCUCCACAGACAUCGCCGGGCUCUCCUCCAGCUUCUACAGCACCUUCUGCACCUGUAGUACCUUCCUCCAGGACAACAGGGACAACCCUAACCUCAAAGACCAACCACCCUCCCACAUACUGAAUAGUACACUACUGUAACCCCCUAUCCUCACCACACCUGACCCCCUCACCCUCAAUGAGUAUUGUGCUGAUGGAUUUAACAGACUGCCAUUAGAUGAUCUGAUGAAGUUCAAGUCUUUUAUUAGACUGAAUAAUGUAAGGAGCCUGUUCAUAAAUCUGUUUGUGCGGUCUUGCCAACUCCUAUGGCCAUUGACAAUGACCGUAAAAUAUAUCUGGGACCAGGCUAAUGAAAGAGGAGCAUCUACAGCAAACAUUUUUGGGGCGCUGAUGGUUUUUAACAAUGUUUUGCAUCUCCAAUUAUAACAUGUGAAAAUUAUAUGAGAUGUAAAUUGUAUUUUAAGUUUUCCAGAGAAUGAAUACUAACGAGAUGUUUUUUUUACUGAGAAGAGCUCUGUAUUUUCAGAAUACAGAAAGUAACACUGCAUUUGAUGUCAGAUGUGUUUUAUGAUGUUUUUUAUGAUGAGGCAUUCGAUGUUUCAGCCAAGUUACACAUAAGAUAAGAAUAUCAUAUCUUAAACUACAGGCAUUAAAGUUAUUUAUAUAUAUAUAAAACAAUUGAAACUACAAAGAUUGUACAAAAUUAUUGCUAACAAUUUUACAAUAAAUAUAUUACAAUUAAA